AUGGCGACGGCAACCCCGAUCAUAACGCUUGAGGAACACUUCAUGUCCACUGCAGCGGAGGCCAGCUUAAGCAAGAGCGAUGAGGCAAUGAAACAAAUACCUGGCCUCUGGGACAAGUUCACCGAACUUGGCCCUACGCGGCUGAAGAACAUGGACGCCGGUCAGGUCACCUUACAGGUAAUUUCCCACGGGCCAGGGGACCUAUCACCAGCGCAAUGCCGGGAGGCAAAUGACCAGCUCGCCCGUGCGGUCCGAACCUACCCGAAACGAUUCGCCGGCUUCGCCGAGCUGCCAAUGAGCCACCCAGGAGAGGCAGCGACAGAGCUGCGGCGCACAUGCUCAGAGGCCAAGUUCGUGGGUGCUCUCGUCGACAGCCACACGGAGUCGGGGACUUACUACGAGGGCGGCGAGUAUGAUGUGCUAUGGGAGGCAGCUACUGAACUGGACGUGCCGAUCUACAUCCACCCGACGUGGCCCUCAGAGAAGCUUUUCAGCACGUACAGGUCAGAGGCGAUCCCUGAGCACGUGUCUGCAGCGAUAUCCGCAUUUGGCUUCGGCUGGCACAGUGAUGUCGCCAUUCACGUCCUGCGGCUCUACGCUGGGGGAGUAUUCGACCGGUUCCCGAAACUCAAGAUUGUGAUCGGCCACUUUGGCGAGAUGAUCCCCUUCAUGCUCCAGCGUAUCGAGCGGAUAUCAGGCCACUGGGGGAAGACGAGGUCGUUCCGACAGGUUUGGGAUGAGAACAUUUGGAUCACGACAAGUGGGAACUGGUCCCUGGACCCCCUGGCGUGCAUUUUGAGGAACACGAAGAAGGACAGGAUUAUGUAUAGUGUCGACUACCCGUUCGCGAGCAACGAAGAUGGGCUGAAAUGGCUAGAAGAGCUCCAAGGCAGUGGGUUGGUAAGCAAGGAAGAGCUGGAAGGCAUACGGUGGAAGAAUGCGGCGAGCUUGUUGAAAGUUGAAGUGGACGCCUGA